GGGAGAUGGACACCGGACGCCGAGCACGGCACACGGGCGGGACCCCGCGCCCCUUACGCCGGGCAGGCGGGGAGAGCGGCGGCUCAGCCCCGGCCCCGGGGGGCCGCUGGGCUCCCCGCCUUUGCCCCAGGGGCACGGCUGUAGCUCCUCCGUGGUGCCAGGUGGUGCUGGGGGACGUCCCGCCUAAUCCUGCCCUCUGGGUUUUUUCUUCAGGAUAUCUCUGAUGGGUGGAAGCUUAAAUAAUGAUGACGAUGAUGAUAUAAUAAUUAAUUAUAAUAACAACGAAGGCUGCUCCAGCUGCCCACGACCCCGCGUUUCCCCCCGGCCUGACUCCGCGGGGCAGAGCGGGCGCGGAGCCGCGGCGGUAGCGGGGGACACACACACACACACGGCUGGCCCCGCGGGUGCGCCUGUCGUUUGUCCCCUUCUCUCCUCCAAAGCCCAUAAAACGCCCGACAGCGUUGCUCGCAGCACUCUCCUCCGCGCCGUGGUAACGGCGGCCCCGGCGGCGGGCUGCGGGCGGGAGGACGUGCGUGGCCGCCCGUCGCGGCCGCUGCUGUUUCCGUAUCGCCCGUCCCGGGAGGUCCCGCCCCCGCCCGCAGCGCCGCGGCCGCUCCAGCCCCGCGGGGAGGCUCCGGGCCUGGCGGGGGGGCGCGCCCCCCGCCCGGGGCCUGCGGCGGGGGCGCCGGAUAAAGCGGUGCCGGUCCGUCCGCCUGCCGCCACAGGGGCGGCCGGGACGGGCCCAGCGGGGCGCCCCGCCAUGGCGAGCCCCGCACGCCCGCGGCAGGAGCUGGCGGCCGAGGAGCGGCGGCUCCGCGGCGCGGCCCCGACGGUGCCCCGCGACGCCAAGCGGGAGGCGGCGGGGGAGCGGCUGCUGCUGCUGGAGCUGCGCCGCUGCGGGCGGCCGCCGUCCCCCGGCCCCGGCGAGCGGCGGGAGGAGGGGGAGGAGGAGGAAGCGGAGGAGGAGGAGGAAGCGGCGGCGGGCGAAGACUGUUGCAGCAAGUGCAAGAAGCGGGUGCAGUUCGCCGACUCGCUGGGGCUGAGCCUCGCCAGCGUCAAGCACUUCAGCGACGCCGAGGAGCCGCAAGUGCCGCCCGCCGCGCUGUCCCGCCUGCAGAGCCCGCCCGCCGAGGAGCGGGACGCGCCGCCGCCCGGCGAGGACCCCCCGCCGCCCGCCCUGCGCCUGGUGCCCGACUUCCCCGACGGCGGCGAGCCCAGCGCCGAGCGGCUGCGGCGGCAGCGCGUCUGCCUGGAGCGGCUGGGACGGCCCCCGGCGCCCACCGACGUGCGGGGCACGGUGCAAGUGCUGGGCUGCCCCGGCCCCAAGGAGGUGACGGUGCGCUACACCUUCAACGAGUGGCUCUCCUUCGUGGACGUCCCGGCCGCCCCCAUGCCCCCGGCCCCGGCGGCCGCCGGCGACCCGCCGGCCGAGCGCUACAGCUUCAUCCUGUGCGUCCCGCCGAGCCUGCGGCAGGGCUCGGCCCUCCACUUCGCCAUCCGCUACCGCAGCACGCAGGGCGAGUACUGGGACAACAACGGCGGCCGCAACUACACGCUGCGGUGCUGCGGCUCCCCCGGGGGCGGCCCCGCGCCGCCACCCCCUGCCGCCGCCGCCCCCGGCAGCCCGCCGCCCCCCGCCGCCCCCCGCUACUGAUGCCGGCCGGGCGAGCGGAGCCCUGAUGGCCCGGCCGGGCAGGGGGCGGUGGCCGCAGCCCCCCAGCACCCGGAGGCCCCUCUCGGGAGGGUGACAGCCAGCGCGCCGAGGCCUCGUCCCGGAGACUACCCGAAAUCUGGCGGGUGCUUCGGUUUUGCCAGCGAAACAUGGAUGCGCGUAGGCUCGCAUUGCUGUGGCUUUGGAAUCGUUUUCUUUUUUUUGUUUUUUUGGGGGUUUUAUUUGUUUUUUUUUUUGAGAGAACAAGGAGACUGAGCAGUGUGGGCUUUGCUUUUCCCCUCUUGAAGUGAAUUUUUGACGUCUUCAUUUGAGCAUGACUUCACUUACCCAAUUAGUCAGAGAUGCACAGAGCACUUGUGUGAAAAUGUAACGGCGUGUUCUCUACAGACUUAACUUAGCAUCCCAGUUUUCCCGUUCUCACAGCCAUUAUGAAAGACGUAGUACUGCGACAGCAAUGGUGUGCUUUGUCUUUUUUUUUAGUUCAAUGGACUCCAUAACAAUACGAUUCACUGUUGUGAUCACCCGUCAAACUCAUGACAGGCUUGUGCGCCCGUCCCACCUUUGCUGUGCCCGUGGUGGCUCCGAACAACAGACAGUCGUUUGGGGGCUGGAUCUGGGGCUGGACUGGGCUGCUCUGGUUUUUGUCAUUCAGCACACUUUGAUACCGCUCCCCACCUUCCCCAGGCUUGUGUGUAGAUCCUGCUAAUAGCAGCCAACAAGGACUUCUGCAAAAAUAUUUUUGCUUAAAAUAGACUGGUGACUUCUUUUCACACAAUUGACAAGUCUAAAACCGGGUCAAAGGAGGAGUUAAAAUGUUUGCCGAUGCUGGGUUUAUCAGGAGAACUUUGGUAACACCUUUGAGUAAUGCACUGUAAAGUGAAAGAUGGUGUCUGUCUCACACGCAGUUCUGUAUUUUCAGAUUUGGGGAGCAGUGACUGCUUUGGAUGACCUUCUCACUGAGGAGUGACGACGCAAUGUAGAGAGAGUGUCCUCAGUAAUGAAUGAAAACAAGUGCCUUAGUUCAGCUCUCCUUAUGUUACAUUUUGCACCACAUUUCUCAAGUAUUUAUAAUUUAUUUGGCUUAUUUUGCUACAUCUUUUUCAGUAUUUGUAUGUUGCUGGGAAAGGGGGUUAUUGAGCACACCGUUGGACUUUAAAGCGCUGGACACUUGAAAUGAUUUCUAUAGUCUUCACUCUUGCAUUGCAAGCCUAGAGGUUGACUACUACUGGCGUCCCAAGCCCUGAAAUUAAGCAAAAAGUACCAAUGAAAAUGGGUUUGUACAAAUAAAAAAAGCUUUUAAAAAAUUUAAAAAGCUCACCAUUACAAAUUGUUUUUCUGUAUAGCAAAACAUAAUGGGAUACUUCUUAGUUUUGCAACCUGGUUGUGCCCCUACCCUAACACGUGCAGUGCAGAGGGGAUCAAGCUGUUAGUGUACCUCACUGUAACCAGGGAUGUUGCCUGUCCAGAAAAGGAUUUAUUUAUAGCCGUUUAGGGCUAUAGCUGAAAAUGAUGCUGGUCCUGCCAUAGCCACAAGGCAAAUCGCUCUGUACGUACGGGACGGCUCAGUACGCUCUUGUAAUGGGCACGUUGUGCAGAGCUGUCAUGUGAGGAAGCUUUACUAGCAUGGGUGGAAAAUAGGCAGGUUUCAGUCAAAUUUUGUUCUGACUCUUCUGCAACCUUGACUUGUUUUCUUCCGAAACAGUAUCUCAAAAUUCAGGUUAAUUUUUUUGCAUGCCCAGUGACAGGACAAGGGGCAACAGGCACAAACUGGAACACAGGAAGUUCCAUCUCAAUGUAAGGAAAAACUUCUUCACGGUGAGAGUGACGGAGCCCUGGAACAGGCUGCCCAGAGAGGUCGUGGAGUCUCCUUCUCUGGAGAUAUUCAAAACCCACCUGGAUGCCAUCCUGUGCAACCUGCUCCAGGUGAUCCUGCUUUAGCAGGGAUUGGACUAGAUGAUUUCCAGAGGUCCCUUCCAACCCCUACCGUUCUGUGAUUCUGUGACUAAGUAGGUAAGACACUGUCAGAAUGCAGUAAAAUGUUCUGACAUGGAUGUAUGUUCUUCAGCAAGAGCUUGGAAGAUUAUUUUCCUUUUUAAAACAGAGCAUACUGUGAGCUUCCUCAGGUCUUCAUUUCCUCUGAAGAUAUAAAACAACUUAAAGCCCAUUAUGAGCACUUUAGAAAAAUUUGCACGUCUAUAAAAUUCCCCAUACUUGAAAAUAAGUCUUCGGAUAACCUGCCUCUUCAGAGAGCUGGUACAAAAUCAGAGAUAGAAGCAGGGGGAGCUUUGGACUAAAGUUCCUGCAGUUUUGCUAACACAUGCACUGCUUCUGAAACACAGCCUGCCUCCCUCCCCCCUAAAAAACCCUACAUAAACCAUAGUGUGAGCGUAUGGCCAAAUAUAAAGGGGUGUUUAAUUCCUUCAGAAACCAUCUUACUGUCAGACUAGUAGAAUUGCUUUGAAGAUGCAGAGAAUAAAAGCUCUAUGCGCGCACAAAGAAGUUCUUACUGUUGUUUUCCAAGUUACAUGUAAACUCUCGCCAAAAGCAUGAAAGGUUUUAAGGGAGAAUAGUGAACUCUACUACUUCCCUACACGAGUUUGCUUUAAAACUAUCCUGCAUUACAGGAUUACAGGCUAUUACAUGGAAUAAUCUGGUAUGAAUUAGUUUUAUGUCAAUGAAAUAGCAUGCUCUAUGAUACACAGUUAUAUAGCAUGAUAUGUGAUGCUAAAAGCAUUAAGAUUGAUUCUUCAUUUAAGUACAAUGUAUUUUUUGGAGCUUCUGGAGCCCAUUCCUUAUUCUGUGUUUUGUUUAUUAAUUGCUUCAAAGAAGGAGGAAACUUUGCCAAAGAAAAGGGAGGGAUCACUCUGUAACCAGGAUUUAAAGGAGUAGCCAUAUUCUGAUGGCUGUGUCUGGGCAGAGGUGCAGAGCUGGUACCUUGAAGAAUCCCAGCUAGCUGCGCUUAUUGGUAGAGGGCUAGAAACGUUCUCUGCUACGCCGCAAACUGUGAGCAAGGGGUAUAAAUCAUCCACGUCCAGACCCAAUACAGUAACAUUUAUGUGUUCUCUUCAGAUGUGUGAUCUAAAUUCAAAACGCAAGAAAGUAUUUGCUGAGACUAAACAGUAAAAUGGUUUUGUGUGCUUCAGAAAAUUGGUGCCAAUCUAAAAUCCUGACAAUUGUGUUAAUUAAUGCACAACAUUUUUGUGCUUUGAUAACAGGUAAAAUGCUGUUAUUAAGAAUUACUUUUUGUAAAAGAAAAGGGGAAAUCUCUCUCAGACAAGAAUUAAACAUACUCACUUCUUAAUAGACAGUGCAUUUUUGUACUGUUAAGAUUUUAUGAAAGCAUAGAUUUUCAAAGCAGGUUUCAAAGACUGCCUACACACAGUUCUCUGUAUUUUCAUCGAUGAGGUUACUGGGGACUACAGAAACGCAAGGCCUUACCAGAGAUGACACUGUGCAGCAGUGUGAAAAGCAGAGCUGGACCACGUGCACACCGCAUCUAGCGAGCCUGCAUCAGCAAAGCACAGGGCUGCUGCUCGUGGUUGCAGGUUGAGAUACAUGGCGUAAUUGCAACUUUAUCCUCAAAAGAAAUAUAUUCAAAAUGAAGCAGUUCUAAUUCUACAAAAUCAAAAGGCCCAAUAGACUAAAAGGUUAAGUGAAGCACUCUUCUUCUUUGGUUGCAUUACUGUUAAUGUAGUAUUUUAUAAAGAUUCAGAGCGUAACAUUUGGAGGAUGUGCUCACAAACACCCUCCCUCCCCUAACUUAAGAAAUAAGAAAUGAUAAAGAUUUGUUAGCACCCUCAGAAAAAUUCCAGCUCCAAACAUUUUAAUUUUAUGCAGAUUUCUGGUUUGGGCUUUUUUUUUUCCCCUGGAUUAAGGGUUUAGGGGAGAAAUAGCUGCCAAAAGGUUUUAUAGGUAUAUAUAAACCAAAAAAAUGUAACGUAGUUGAAACUCUAUAGUGGGUAACUGUGAAGGACAUCAAAGUUAAAUCUUCCUUAAGCAAUUUUUUGCUGCUUACACUUACAUUUAAAUUCAAAUUUAAAUGAUUCAGAAAAGGACUGUGAAGCUAAAUUUACUUUGGUGUCAUGAAGAACUGCAAACUUGCAUGCAAACUACUUCUGUUUUAUUUAAAGCCGGGGCUUUCAGUCAGUACUUGAAAAGCCUGGCUUCUGCUCCCAUUGGCUUCCCUGGGAUUUGGAUCCAGCCCAGAGUACUGCGCGUAGGUAGGGGAAAUGAUCUAGGUUUAAUUGUCUAUUCUGUUCAGAGUCUUGUGUUAUGGGGUUAGGAUAACACGACGCUGUGAUGAAUGUUCAUCUGUCAAGAGUUCAAAAUCUGCCGUCUAUGCAUGGCAGUAAUUAAAUCACCUUAAUUGUUUUUCAUGAUUCUUUUUAAGAGAGGGAAAAUUACUUGCCUUGGAUUAGCAUAUUGCCAAAGACUGGUAUAAAUAUUUAUGGAGUGCACUCUUUCAAUAGAAAGCCUGUACAUUCUUCACAGGUCUCCAUAGUUCUCUUACCCUGAGCACAGAAGAGUAGUCAUUUGAAUGCACUACUUACCAUCACCUCCUCCUCUUGCAAAGCUUCAGCAGAUACUGGGCUUAAAAGUAAAAAAGGUGAGUAGCUGAGAGAGAAGCAUCUCUCGCAACACAUUGAUGAUAUAUAAUUUCCUGUGUAAGCUGCAAAAUCCUUUGAAGGUGCACAUGUUUGUGAAAAGGGGUUUGAGAGUUCCGAAUUUCUUCCUCUUAGAAAACACACAGCGCUGGAAGAAUUAUUGGCUUCUCUCUCUUUUUUCCUGCUUCCACAUUAAGGGCUCAUGCACUAUUCUUAUACUCUAAAGUACUGAAAAAAGAAAAAGUAAGAAUGUAAACUCUCAGUAAAACAGCUACACACCUUCCUCCUUGUUUUAUAAAGGUCAUCAAGCAAAACAUCUCUAAGAGUAAGAAAUAAUUAUGCCCGCGUUAAGAACCGUGGAACAAAGCGAUCCGUAUACUCCUGACUUGAAUAAUGCCAGGAUUUCCCUGUAGAUCAUUAUGGAAAACUCAGGAAAACAGUCAGCGCACAGCUCUUUCAUGGCUCUGUUCACGUGUACGUAUGGUCCUUGCUGGGUAUCUGGAGAGAUGCAUUUAUUCAUGUUGCAUUACAGGAGGCAAGUUGAGGGGCUGGUGCUUCUCCAUAAAAUUAUUCUUCUACCUGCUGACGGUAGAGGGUGAAAGCAAUGCUUUUAAUGCCUGGAAGCUUGGUGAAGUUUUAUACAGAAAUACCUUUCUAGAAAUGCGAGUAGUAAGUUAAAAUCCUUCUUGGCCUAUUUCAACAUUGUAUGUGAAGUGUUCGCAUGCUACUCUCUUGGGUUGCUUUCCUCCAGAACAGCUGUACCUCUGAUACACCUGGGCAUUUUGGAACUGAGCUUUCAAUUGCAGUAAAAUCUCCUGAGAAGUUGUAACAUGUAACAGAAACGCCUGUCCUUUAAACAGUUACUAAUAUUAAACAAA